AUGGAUCACAAAUUAUUUCAAGCUCCUUCUUCAUUGUAUGGCAAAAGCAAAGACAACCCAUUUGCAGACACCUUCCCUGACCCACUUUGCAAGCUCAAUCUAAGGGAGACCUCUGAAUUUGUCAAUUCCUUUACAUUGUCAAAUGGUAAUACGGAUAAUAUUGAGGUUUCAGCUCACAGGAGAAGAGAAGGAAGCAACUCUGUCACGCACAAGAGACCAGAGGCUCCAUGCACCCCUGGUAGACCCGUUUUCAGCUUCGCCGGUACUGUUGGAAAUCUUGCAAGAAAGACCUUCCCUUCGAAAUGGGACGAUGCAGAGAAAUGGCUCAUGAGCACCUCCUGCCAUGACUCCCCAGCUCAUACUGUAAAUCUAUCUGAGUCCUCAAAUAUCAGCAGCCACUGUGAUAACUUUAACCAGCAAAUGGACGAUUUUGCCGAGAAAUCGAGGGUCACACAGGAUAGGGUGUCGAAAGCUGUCCCAAACUUUCAAGGGUCUGCAUCUUUGGACCACCAUAACCAUAACACUGUCCAUGCUUUUAAUAGGAUCUCAUGCUCCACAGACAUAGUACUAAAAGAUAAGUUCACAGACAGCAUAGAGCCCAUUUUCCCGAAUUUGAGAUAUUCAGAGUCAACAAAAGAAGGGUUUUUGUUUAGAAACCCAGGUGGCGAGGCAAUGAAAGAUGCUUGCACAGAAGUGAUACGUAAGGAUGUUGGUACGGAGAUGACUCCUCUUGGGAGUUCCACAACUUCAAGAUGCCACACACCAUUCAAGAGUUCAUCCCCUGCUCGCCACAACACUCCUGCAAGUAGGUCAGGACCAUUGUCCUUGGCAAACCACAAUAACACUGCCUGCACCAUCGACGUUAUUCGGCUGGAGGAGUGCCAUUUUGCUAAAUUGCAACUAGGAACACAAUAUGAUUCGGUCACGUCACAUUGGAGCUCAAGGGAAGAGGAAGAAGAGGAAACAUCAAAGAGCUUGAGACAUAAUGCUAGCCUGAAAGCUGAUUCAGACUGCAGGGCUGGUGCUGCUACCUGGGAAGAAGAGGAAAAUACCAAAUGCUGUCUCAGGUAUCAGAGAGAAGAAGCAAAUAUUCGAGCUUGGGUAGAUCUCCAAAGUGCUAAAGCAGAAGCCCGAUCUAGAAAGCUUGAGGUGAAAAUACAGAAGAUGAGAUCACACUUGGAAGACAAGUUGAUGAAGAGGAUGGCGGUGGUUCACAGAAAAGCUGAGGACUGGAGAGCAGCAGCUAGACAGCAGCACUUGCAGCAAAUCCAGAAAGCCACUGAACAAGCACAAAAGAUUAUGAAGCAGCAUAACCCACUAGUUUCAGGCAACAAUUCAUGUGGUUGCUGCUUCCCUUGCAAUAACAAUCGUAAGUUAACAUGA